AUUGCUUACAAGAAUCUCCCGCGACAGACGUUCGGCAAUCUGCAGAAUCACCUCUUCAGGGUCUAUUUUCCGCUGACCACGGGUCUGAGCGCGGUGCUGCUGGCGACGUACACACUCGCAAACCCGUAUGUGCGCUCGCACGCGUCGGACCUCGCGCACCCGGUCGUCUACCAGGCAUUCACGCUGCUGACCAGCACGCUCGCGCACGCCGCCAACUGGCUCUAUGUCGGCCCCAGGACGACCGACGUCAUGUACCGCCGCCACCGCCUCGAGCGCACAGAGGGAAAAAGCUACGACAACGUCACCGCAAGCGACGAGAUGAAGGACCUCAAUAAGCAGUUUUCCAUCCUCCACGGCAUCAGCAACCUCCUCAAUUUCGUCGCGUUCGGCGGUGUCGUCUUCCACGGCCUCUGGCUUGCACACUACGGCCUGCAUAGCUGA